UUGCGCACAUAGCACGAACAGAGAGAAAACAGAGAGAAAACUGAGAUGUGGGCCAUGACACCUCUCAGUCUUCUCUCUGGCACGGAACAGAAUCACAAUUUAUGGCUAUAGGAGGUGAUAAACAUUAUAAAGUGACAUCUAGGAAACUUGCCAGGAAAUUUAACUUAUUUAUAAAUCACGAACAUUUUCUGUCACGUUUUUCGAAGUAUCAAGACAUCCUGAAUCCUUCAAAAGGACGCUUAUUGCACGUUUUGCUGUAUCAAUUGUAUAAUGAUUCAAGUUUUCAGUCAACUAUUAAGGAACACGUGUUCCGAUAAAUUUUCUAAUCUUCAUUGGAGGAGAACGUGUGCAUUCGAGCUCAGGAGGAUGUUGGAAAAAUCAGCUGUAAAAAUCGGCACGCACGACGGCACUUUUCAUUGCGACGAAGUGCUCGCCUGUGCGCUCUUAAAGCUGUUACCGCAGUACAAGGAUGCUUCUAUUGUGAGAUCUCGAACUCAGAGUGUCUUAGAAACCUGUGAUAUUGUAGUGGACGUUGGUGGAGAAUAUGAUCCUUCCAAUCAUCGAUACGAUCAUCAUAUGAGGGAAUUUCAGGAAACAGUAAGUAGUGUUAUGAAGAAAUCAGAGUACAAAUGGACAGUAAAAUUAAGCAGUGCAGGGUUGAUCUAUUGUCAUUUUGGUCAUGAAAUAUUGAGGAGUGUACUUCCGGAAGUUACAGAGGAUAGAGUCAUUGAAGAGAUCUUCAAAAAAAUUUAUGAUACUCUAAUCAAAGAGAUUGAUGCUAUAGAUAACGGUAUACCGAUGUAUGAUGCAGAACCAUUAUAUCGAAUAGUUACUGAUUUAAGCGCGCGAGUGGGCAGACUUAAUCCUCAAUGGAAUAGCAAAGAUGUGAAUAUUGAGGAACGAUUCGAAAAAGCCAUGGCUUUGGUUUUGGAAGAAUUUUUGGAAUUUGUACAUUAUACAAAAAACGUUUGGCUACCGGCGAGGGAUAUCGUGCGACAUGCUGUAGAAGAUCGAUUUAAGGUCGAUUCGAGCGGCGAGAUAAUAAUGUUGUCGCAAACUGUACCAUGGAAGGAGCAUUUGUUUCAAUUGGAAAAAGAAAUGAAUGUUUCGCCGUCAAUAAAAUAUGCCGUUUUCGAAGCUGAGGACGGCUAUCGGGUUCAGUGCAUGCCGGUUUCGCAGGGCAGUUUCAUAUGCAGAAUGUUUUUACCGGAAGCGUGGGGCGGUUUACGUAACGAUGCGCUUGUGGAAGCCUGCGAGAUCGAAGAUGCCAUGUUUGUACAUUCCGUACGAUUUAUUGGUGGCCAUAAAACCAAAGACGGUGCAUUAGCUAUGGCGCGAAAGGCACUCGAAAUUGGACACGCCGCGCGAUGUAUAAAUUGACAAUAUUUAGGUCGAUAAUAUUUGUUUUAUUUAGAAUUUUUGU